CUUCAGGAGUUUACGUUACAAAGUUACAGAGUACGUACAAUAAUUGUAUUUGCAUGUAAUACGCAUUACGCUGUAGCUGAAUUUGACUGUUGACAAGUUAUUUAAAUACUCAGUGCAAUUGUGCACUGAACUUUCUCUGCCCGUUACUGUUAGACGUUAAAUCAUCAUGGGUGUUAUGCCGCCCCUUCUCUUACUGUGUCGAACGCUCAUGCUGGCUAAUCGCACCGAUCCGCAGUGUACACCGGAAAAUAUAGCGAACGCGCGGAAUCAGAUUCCUCACUGGACCUCCCAGGCGCCGGAAGGGCGCUGGCUGCAUAUUGGCGAGGAAAUCAACAUCACCGCCGACAGAAUUAAGGAAGAAGAGGCCGCUGCUGCCGCCGCCGCAGCGCUGACCACCACGCCGGCACCGUGCGAUUCCGAACCGGGACCCGCGAACGAGUUCAUCAUCCCGUGCCCUAAUCGCUGGCUGCGCGAAACCUAGUGGGAAGUUGGGAAGAUUUCUGAAGCUAUGAUAGUGUAGUAGGCGGUUCUUUAUAAA